GUACCGAAGACCGAAUUCAAAGAAAACGUCUUCAUAUUCACUAACAUAGUGAAGUCAAAUAAAAUCACAGUCUGGGAGUCUUCCCUUGUUAAGAAAGUGUUUAUAGGUCUCUUGGCAAAUGGGUUUGACAUCAACUUCAAAGAGAAAAAGGUGACCCUCGAUGGGUGGAUACAAAUUCAGACCUCUCCUAUUAAUGCGGGAAGAGUUGUGAGAAUGCGAAAGGAUCUGAAGGCCAUGGUCGAUGACGCAAUAGAAAAGAAGGUGCAACUUGACAAGGGUUUUUUGAUGAAAAUUAGUGAGGCACAUUUUUGA